AUGGGCAAGCCUCGACUCCUCAUCCUCAUUCGCCACGCACAGUCCGAAGGCAACAAGAACCGCGAAAUCCACCAGACGGUGCCGGACCACCGCGUGAAGCUGACCGCCGAGGGCCACCGGCAGGCGCUGGAGGCCGGGCGGCGGCUGCGCGCGAUGCUGCGGCCCGACGACACGCUGCACUUCUUCACGUCGCCGUACCGGCGCACGCGCGAGACCACGGAGGGCAUCCUGGCGUCGCUGACGGCCGACGACCCCAGCCCGUCGCCGUUCCCGCGCAACACCAUCAAGGUGUACGAGGAGCCGCGGCUGCGCGAGCAGGACUUUGGCAAUUUCCAGCCGUGCUCGGCGGCCAUGGAGCGCAUGUGGCAGGAGCGCGCGGACUACGGGCACUUCUUCUACCGCAUCCCCAGCGGCGAGUCGGCGGCCGAUGCGUACGACCGCGUCAGCGGCUUCAACGAGUCGCUGUGGCGGCUGUUCGGCGAGGACGACUUCGCCAGCGUGUGCGUGCUGGUGACGCACGGCCUGAUGACGCGCAUCUUCCUGAUGAAGUGGUAUCACUUCAGCGUCGAGUACUUCGAGGACCUGCGCAACAUCAACCACUGCGAGUUCGUCGUCAUGAAGAAGGACGACGACAACGGCAAGUAUAUCCUGCAGAACAACCUGCGCACCUGGUCCGAGCUGCAGCUGCAGCGCGACCUGGAGAAGCAGAAGGAGAAGGCUGCCCGCGAAGCCGCCUUCGGCACCGACAUCGCGUCCGCCAGCUCCGUGGCCUCUGCGUCUCCCGUGCCCACGCGAAGGCGAUGGGGCGGCUGCCCAGAUGGCUGCAACCACGGCCUACGAUCAUAUAAAAAGAAAACCCCCUUACUACAGAAACAAACCCCCCAGCCAGCAUCAACAUCAGCAGCCCAAGACACCACCACCCCCUACCCCGAACCCAUCAACUUCACCACCACCAAACCCUCCCCUACCACCACCCCCGAAAGCGAACUCACCCGCGGCCUCGCCAUCCUACACCUCGGCGGAGGCCGCGACGCCGGCGGCUCGCGCAGCGGCGCCACCAGCCGCGCCUCCUUCACCUCCUCAACCACGACCUCCUCCUCGAUCCCGCACCACCACCACCCACACCACCUUGACGAUGACGACGACGACGAUGAUGACCAAAACGCGCCCGUCUCGCCGCCCACCAGCGGCGGCAGCCGCUCGCUGACCAGCAACAGUGAUGGCGGGCGGCAUCCCGACCAGACACCGCGGCCGCGCAGCAUUCUGGCGUUUGGCGGCGGCGGGAAGCUGGGGCAUGCGCAUGCGCAUGCGGAUUCGUUGGGUGAUACGGAUGAGAGUGGUGAUGCGGCGGUGGUGUCGGAUGAUGAGGAGGGAGAUGAGCAGAGAGUGGGCGGUGGUGGUGGUGGUGGGGAGUCUGGAAGCGCGGUGUCAGGCUGGAGGAGACGGGAAGUGGAGAAGAUGGAGGCGCUGGAUGUGAUCAAGGCACGGGAACAGAGCUUCGAAGAGGGCGUGUAUUGA